UCCAGAAAAAAAUUAAGAAAAAUUAAAGCUCGCAUCGCCAAACAGCACCUACCUCUGUCGAAGUCUUGAAACAGUGGACGGAAUCGAAUUGAAACUACACUUGGGAUUGAAAUGAAUGGUGUUUCUUCGUCCGGUGGUAUAAGAGGUGCUUUAUCCUAUUGUGUGCAGCAAGUACGACGUUAUGAUUAUCAUCACUACCUCUGCCUUCUUGAACUUCCAGCAAACAUGCGGAAGGCUGCAUUUGCGCUCCGAGCUUUCAAUGUCGAGACAUCCCGAGCUAUGGAUGUUGCAUCUGAUCCCAAAAUUGGUCUUAUGCGCUUGCUGUGGUGGCAAGAAGCUUUGGACAAGAUCUAUUCAAACAAGGUGAUUGAGCAUCCAGUAGCUCAGGCCCUCACUUCUGUGGUAUCUGAACACAAGGUUAGCAAAAGUUGGCUGAAACGAGCUGUGGAAUCCCGAAUAAAUGAUGCGAAUAGAGAAAAUAAUGAUAUUCCACAAACUAUCGAAGAAUUGGAGCGAUAUGCUGAGGACACAACAUCAACUAUUCUGUACUCUACACUUCAAGCAGGUGGUAUUAAAUCCACAGCAGCAGACCAUGCUGCUUCACAUAUUGGUAAGGCAAGUGGACUCCUUUUGUUGCUUAAAUCACUGCCAUACCAUGCUAGUCGAAACCAUCAGUUUUCAUAUAUACCAGCCAAGGUGGCUGAGAAACAUGGAUUGUUGGUUCACCAAAGUGGUCAGUCAGAGAUCAAAAAGGACUCGCGUGAGGCCCUUUGUGAUGCAGUUUUUGAAAUGGCAUCUGUAGCUAAUGCACAUCUGCAGAAGGCUCGACAAUUGGCAGAAAGUGUGCCAGCUGAAGCUCGUCCUGUGCUUUUGCCUGCUGUGCCUGCCCAAGUCAUUUUAGAUUCUUUGGCUCGGGUGCAGUUUGAUGUGUAUGAUCCACGGCUGGCACAAGGAAUCUUAGGGGCUCCCCCGCUGUUGUUUCAGUUGAAACUAAAAUGGUAUUCAUGGAGGGGCAAAUAUUGACUACCCUUUUUCAUCCCUUUAUAGAGUAUGCGUGUUGCUAACCACUGACUGACAAUGAGUAAUUGAAUCCUUACAUGAAUAAAUUGAUGUUUCUUUGGUUGAUCCUGCUGGUGUUUCGUCCAUACGCGCAAAGAGAAGAACAUAAGCUACACGUGUUUGGAUAAAUUUCUGCAAGUACUUUGGCCGUCUGGUUUUGACAGUCAUGUUUCACUCUGGGUUGAGGCUUUUCGAGUUUGUUUUUAACCAUAUUGCUUGAAGUGCUCGGUUUUGUCUGAGAAGCACAGCCAGAAAAUCACAAGAAGCAAUUGGAUAUUUUUUGGUAAGCCACAUCUAUUAACCAUUCAAGCUUUGUUUAAUAGUGUCAUCUCUAUCAUCUUCAUCUUAGCUUACGAGUUUUGAACUCCGGCAAGUGUAAUGUGGACUUUGAAUCUAAUUCGACUUCAAAGCUAGCUCAUGAUACGAGAAUUUCCCAAGACCAUACGAGGUGUCCAGUUCCACAUCUCACAAACCAAUGUAGGAUAACUUAACCAAAUGUCUUUUGUGAUACAUUUUGAGCAGUGGACGCCUAGCGUGGAAAGGCAUGUAAGGUCCAAAUAUGGAUAAUGCAUGUCAAAGUUUGGACAACCAUUUCUUGUUAAUCAAGAAUUUUAGUAGUAAAAAACUGUAUCUCUUCACUGCAUACUAUUUUUUUUGGAUUCCAGGCCAGUUUGUGUGUAUCUCGACUAACUUUACGGGAUACCUAUUACCUCCCACCAACAACGAUAAUGCUUUUUUAUCUCUACUGGAAUUUGAACAUGAGACUUGAUGUUUACUAUUGUGAA